UAUUUGAGACAUAACCUCAAUUAAAAUUUUUGAGCAGGUGAAAAAAAACGGAAAAGAUUUCUGUAUUAAACUGUUUAUUUUCUAUCAAAUCAUACCUUGACUGAAACACAAUGGCGGAAGAAAUACAAAAAAAGUUUCAAAAACAGCUCGAAUUAUUUCAAGGUGUUCAAAAAGACAUAAAGAAAGCGGUCACUCAGAAACAACAAUUAGACAGCCAGUUAAAUGAAAAUAAAGCAGUCAAAGAGGAACUAAAACUCUUAAGAAAAGAUUCAGAGGUAUACAAACUCAUCGGACCCGUAUUGGUGAAGCAAGAUUUGGAAGAAGCCAGACAAAACGUCUCCAAACGUAUGGAGUACAUUAGCAAAGAAAUCAAAAGAACAGAUGAUCACAUAUGUGCUUUAGAAAACAAACAAGAAGCACUGCAAGAAAACUUAAAUAAACUUAGAAAUGAUCUUGGCAAACUAAAACUAAAAGCUUGAAAAAUGUGUGAAUUAAAAGUAAAAUAUUUCUAUUCUUCUAUUAUGACUCACUUGUAUGUUUAGAGAACUACUAUUACAAAUAAAAAUAUUACACAUUAAUAAUUUAAUGUAUGUUUAGCUAUGCAAUAAUCAUGAAAAAACUGCUGUGUGGCAUUACACUAAACUUACCUCUUCCUUUUGUUAACUCAAUAUAAAAAUAAAAAAUCUUACUGAAA